GGAAGGAGAUGUUGCAAUCUUGCGGCUGAGAUGAAUUUACUCACAUCUUUAUCAUAAGCGCGACCUCUUUUCUCCAAAUUAAAUACAACCGUACUUUUACUCUCUUUUUUCUAUUUCUUCUCCAGCUGUCCCCCCACUCUCUGAAUCAAAGCCCUAAUAAAACCCCCCAAUCUCCUCCAAUGUUACAUGCUUCAAAGAGAAGAAGAAGAAGAAGAGAAGACCACGACGUCCCCUUCUAUCAUCGCCGGAGCCGCUUCACCAUAGUUCUCAGCUCUACAAUUGAUCCAGAACAGGUCUGAUCAGCUUGCACGAGAGGGAAGGGUUGGGGAGUGGUGGAAUUGGGGAGUUUCUGUGAAAGAGAGGGACAAAGAGAUGUACAAGAACCAGCUGCAGGAGCUGGCGCAGAGAAGCUGCUUCAAUCUUCCUUCCUACACGAGCAUUAGAGAAGGUCCCGACCACGCGCCACGUUUCAAGGCCAUCGUUAACUUCAACGGCGAGACCUUCCACUGCCCUCAUUUCUGCACCACACUCCGUCAGGCAGAGCACUCCGCCGCCGAGGUCGCCCUCACCGCUCUCUCCAAGCGUGCUCCUUCUCAUUCGCUCGCCGCCAGGAUUCUGGAUGAAACAGGGGUUUACAAAAAUCUCUUGCAGGAGAUUUCACAAAGAGUGGGAGCAUCACUCCCAAUAUACACAAAUUUUCGGUCAGGACGGCUACCGACCUUCACCUGCACGGUAGAGUUGGCUGGCGUUACAUUUACUGGUGAACCGGCUAAGAACAAGAAACAAGCUGAAAAGAAUGCAGCCGUGGCAGCUUGGUCAUCAUUAAAACAAUUGGCGCAGCAAACUGAGUGUUCAUCAUCAGAAUUGAGGAAUGGUGAUGAACAGGAGUAUAUCACCAUAGCACGAGCCCUACAGAAUUACCGUGUCAGGGAAAAUGUGGCUAAUCAAUCUUUCCCAGUUAAAUUUCCUGCUAUGGAAAUUCAGAAACCACAAAAUGUGCAGCCACCUCCUGUUACUGCAUCAAAAAUCCUCCCCUUAAUUCAACUCAAGGGGGCUCCUAGAAGCAAACCCACAACCUCCACAACAAAUGAUACCUCACGAAGGCCAUCACUUGCAAGCCCCAGGGUUCAGCCUCAGAAGUUUGCUGCAGCUGCAGUGGCCUCCUACGUACCUUGUGGACAUGUUAGGGCAUCUUAUGGGGUUGCGCCCCCAGUUACAAUCAGAAAUGUGAUACCUGUUUUCUCUGCUCCACCACUCCUGUCGCAGCCCCCGAAGUUGAGGCGACCGCAAUCGUCAAGUAUUCCCCCACCUGUCUUUGUAAGGCAGGCAGUGCUUGGUUUUUCCACCCCCCGAGUUCAAACAGAGGACCCACGAGCAUUUAUGGCUCCCAGAAUCCCACCAUCUGGUUCAUCAGCAGAAGUGGGAGAAACUACCAGUGCAGACCAGGCAAUGAACCUGCCGGAAUCCACAUUGCAUCAAGAGCUGGAAGAACUUAAAAUUUAAUGUAGGAGGGAGAGGAUCUGGCGUGAAGAAGCUUUCUAUAAUUUUGUGCUGGCUUUCUUUAUCCUGUAUGAGCUUUCUGGGAGCCUUUGGAAUUUUCCACCCGGAUGAUCUUCUAGGAAAGCUGUAGGGCCUUGCUCGUGUUAAAUCAGUAUGUCAGAAAGAAGGUUUACUUUGGGGCGCAGAUCCUCAUUGUUGUAUAAUUAAUUGAUGGCAGCCUGUCACUGAACAGCGCAGAUGAUUUGUAGUCCGCCAUUUGAAGCUAAUAGCAAUUUGCAGGCGCUCUGAUACGGGCGGGGUUUCAUUUAGAAA